AUGUUUGUACAGCGGCCUCGAAACACUGCCGCCAACAAUAGCGACCACAAACAAGAGGAGCAUCCUUCCUCCAAUGUUGAACAAGCCACAAUAACGCUCAGAGAAUUAUCAAAAAUUGAAAAAACUCUCGCCCUGCAUAACGAUGAAGCCAUUGUUAUGCAAUUUGCGAUUUACUCGGACGGAGAGAAGUUUCAACAACGAUUUCUUUCCGUUCGGGAACGAUUAAAUCUGUUUUAUUCGGAUCUCGAUGAUGAUAAAUCCAAUCAAUCCUUGCAUGAUGUUUUUACCAAAUACAAAUCCAGUUAUUCGUUUUAUGAAUAUGAAGGAGAAAUUAUUGAUUUAUUGAAAAAGAGAUUUGGAAUUUCCUAUCGUAAUGAAAAUCAUACACAGAAAAUAAUCAAAUUGAACAAAUUUAUUAAAAAACACAUGACAAGAUUAUCUGGAAAGGAAUUGAGAAAAUCACUGGCGAGAAUUGAUGAACAUAUGGUCAUUGAAAAGGAUGAUUCAAAAAAUCAGAAACGGUUGGAAGUUACCUUUUCGAAUUGCAAAAUCAUUUUGGAUGCUGUCGAUGAAUGUCUCUUUAAUAUCUUACAAUUAAGCCAAACUUUGAAAUAUAUUCAAUGUGUGCUGUUGGAAAUUGCACAGGAAAUUUAUCAAAAAUUGAAUAUUGCGUAUAGAACCAAUGUCAUGCCAUGGAUGAUUUUCCAGGCAAUCAUUGCCAGGUUGUAUUGCCUUACCAUGGAAAAUAUGAACUUGAUCAAUUAUGUGUACAAUGAGAUGAGCGCUUGGAGUGAAUGUCUUCCAACCAGAGAGCAAAUUGCAACCUAUCUCAUGAAAGAAGUGAGCAUUAUAUUUGUCAGUGCCAACAAUCGAACGCACGAUUUUGCAUCGCCGUUUCCAAAGAGUAUUGAAGAUUAUUCCACCAUGAACGAAAAUAGGUUCACUGAUUUGAAACAAUACUUGCUUGGAGAAUACAUGUCACAAGAAAAUCAACAACUCAUGUUCACCAUGCUGGCUGAAGAGAAGAUUAAGGAAAAGUUAGAUUCAGUCUCGCAAAAAACAUCAGCCCCAAACGCCAAGCCAAAGAAGAGAAAGUGA